UUUGCUGUGUCACACGCCAUGGUGCGGUCGGGUGGAGGUGGAAAAAAACAGCAGGGUGCGGAUAGAUAAUAAUGCCAGCCAGCCAGAGCCUGCCAGAUGCUGUUUAACUAUUAACAUAGCAGAGUUGUCGUUUUUUUGUGGCUGACCCAGAACCAAAGAAUACAGGAAGUUUGUCCGCCAGGUGUACACAGCCUCAUCCCAUUCUUUUGGAAGCAGUUCAGCCAAGUCUCUCAGUGUUGUUUUUUGUGGCUGACCCAGAACCAAAGAAGACAGGAAGUUUGUCUGCCAGGUGUACACAGCAGCAUCCCAUUCUUUUGGAAGUAGUUCAGCCAAGUCUCUCAGUAUAGUCAAUUUUGUGUGGCUGGCUGUUACAGAACAGAUGCAGAGGGAUGAAGAUUGAAAAUUUCGACCAUUUGAAAGCUCCAGGAUAGAUCUUCAUACUCGCUUAUUUAAGAUUUAAACAGUCUUCAAAAAUGGCAAAUACUGGUAAAAAGAAACCAUCCGGUGCAGAAUACAGAAGAAGAAGGGCAGAGAAGGAAGCUGAAUUUCAGGAAAAUAGAAAGAAAUUUAUGAACCUGCAAGACUAUUUUACAUCGUCUAAUGCUAUAGCUGUGAAUGAAAAGUCUAAUGAAGAGUUGCCUGCAACUUCUGUGAUAUCUUCAAUGUGUGACUAAAAUAACAAUAUUGCAGAUAUUUCAGAGAAAGAUGAACCAGAUUUGCAGUCUGAUGUUUCUGAAGUGGUUGAUGUCGAAACAUAUGCAACACCUCUUCUGAAUCUAUCAGACCCUGACGUAUGGCCUAAAUGUCUUAAUACUAAAAUUAUAGAUCAGUUGGUUGUUCAAGGUCCACAACAAGUUCAGCUUAAACAAUAUCCGCGUGAUGCAAAUGGUCGUCAUUUCUCAAAUGUUCAUUAUAGUCGUAUACUUCCCAAUGGUGAAUGUAUACAACGAAGAUGGUUAAUGUAUUCCGAAACGAAAGAUUGCAUAUUCUGUUUCUGUUGUUUAUGUUUUGAUCGUAGCUCAAGAUCAUUUUUAGGGAGUGUAGGUGUCAAUGAUUGGAGUCAUGUGUCUGCAAUCCUCAAAGCACACGAAAAUGUUUCAAGUCACAUGUUGGCUUAUCAGUCAUGGAUAGAAACUGAAAAAAGACUUAAUUCUGGAAACACAAUUGAUAGAGUAGAACAACUGUUAAUUGUGAAAGAAUCAGAGCGUUGGUCAAACGUUUUGAAUAGAUUGAUGAAUAUAAUUCUGUAUCUUGCAGAAAAUAAUAUAGCAUUUUGUGGUUCUUCGGAUAAAUUGUAUACCAAAAACAAUGGAAAAUACUUGGGUCUUAUUCAGUUAUUGGCAAAAUUUGAUCCUGUUAUGCAAGAACAUGUUGGUCGUAUUUUGAAAGAUGAACUGUCAGUUCAUUACUGCGUUAGUCGUUGGCAGAUUUUGAAUGACCAUGUAAUUUCUUUUACUCUAAAAAAACCUAGCGACACACGUUGGGAGGCAAAAAUUUCCAGUGUGAAAGCGGUUCGAUACCAAGUUGCAGAUAUUCAUGAUGCACUUAUUUCUCUUUCUGAAAAAGAGGAAAAACAUGACCAUGAAAUUGCACAUGAAGAAAUUACUUUAUCUUGUCAGCUGAAAGAUUUUAGUUUUCUUGUUUCGUUGGUGAUUUGGUACGAUAUACUUUUUCAAGUAAAUGUAGUCAGUAAAUCGAUGCAGAGUCAGAGUAUGGAUGUAAUAAAAACCGUGGAAUUAAUACACGGUUGUAUCAAGUUUUUGGAAGAAUAUAAAAAAAAUGGCUUUGAGAAUGCUAUAUCAAGUGCCAAAGAGCUUGCAAAAGUUCUUGAAGGUGUCCCUGAAUUUCAAGCAACAAAAAGAAUACGUUAUGUGAAACGACAUUUUGAUUAUGAGAGUAGAGAUGAUCAAAUUGCUACAACACCUAAGAAACAAUUUGAAGUUGAAUUUUUUAUUACAUUGCUUGACGUAGCUAUUAUGUCAGUUCGAGAGAGAUUUCAGCAACUUAAUCAGCAUGCUGAAACAUGGGGUUUCCUUUACAAGAUAACUGAAUUACCAAAUAGAGAGCAGCUUGAAAAGCACUGCAGUGAUCUCCAGCUUGCUCUGACUACUGGUGAGGAUGCAGAUAUUGAAGGUGGUCCUCUAUGUGAUGAACUGAUCAGUAUCCAGAAGUUUGUAGAAAACAUGGCAAUGCCAACUCCACUCAACACACUGAAUUUUAUCAAAACAUCAAAGCUAGAAGAUCUAUAUCCAAAUACAUGGGUUUCUUUGAGAAUCUUAUUAACAACACCAGUUUCUGUGGCUACUGGAGAGAGAAGCUUCUCAAAAUUGAAAUUAAUAAAAACUUAUCUGCGAUCCUCUAUGUCUCAAGAAAUGUUGAGUUCAUUAGCAACCCUUUCGAUUGAAAAUGAUGUAUCUCCAAACAGAUUUUGCAGAAUUGAUCAAAAGUUUUGCUAA